AUGUCAACCGACAGCGACGACGAAGACGAGCUCCUUCAGAUGGCGCUGAAGGAGCAAUCCCACCGGGAUCUCAAUUACCAGCGCCCGUCGUCGUCCUCCAAUCAACGGAAGCCGGUCUCGAAUUUCGUCCAGGCUCCCAAAACCGCCGGUUCCGCGAGGUCGGCGGCCCCGACUCAUCGCCACCAGAAGAGCAGGGGUUCCACCCUGGACGACGACGACGACUCCGAAGUCGAAAUGCUCAGCAUAUCGAGCGGUGACGAGGAAGUGAGCAAGGACCGGCCGCCGGCCAAAGGGAGAGCCGGCGGCGGUGGAGCCGGAAGGGGAGGGAAAGACGACGACGGGUGGGAUGGCGGGGAGCCUGAUUGCUGGAAGCGAGUGGACGAGGCCGAGGUAAUGUGUAUCUCUAGCUCGCUUUCCUGGAUGCCUGUGGUUUCUUUUCUGUUUGCGGACUGCUAG